AAAAUGGCCGCGUUACGUUUAGGCCUUAGGGCGAUAUAUACACACAUAAAUAUAGUUGCAGUAAGCGCCAACGCGUGUACCACAACACCCCAUUCAGUCGCCCCUUUUCAUCUCUUUAUCCUUUCGCCCUCACAGUUCUAAAGCGGCGAACGCUGAUACUCGUUCUUUCACUCUCUGUGUCCGUUCAAGUGCCAAAAUUUGUUUUUUCUCGUCGCAGAGAGAUUUUUGAGCAGCAGAUCGAAUCAUCGAAUCAUUCUUGUAGUGGGUUUUAGGUUCUUUAAGAAUCUUUUGUUUCUUUUUCUGUUAUCAAGUCGGAAAUUGUGAAUGGGGAGAUUGUGGGUGUUAUUACAUUGCCUUUCGGUUGCUCUGUUGCUGGGGGUGUGUUUGGGUGCGGACCCAUUUGCCUUCUUUGAUUUCGACGUCUCUUACAUUACGGUCUCGCCACUUGGUCAACCUCAGCAGGUUAUUGCAAUCAACAAGAAAUUUCCAGGCCCCGUUAUCAACGUAACAACUAAUUACAAUGUUGUGGUGAAUGUGAAGAACAAUCUGGAUGAGGACCUCCUAAUCACAUGGUCUGGUAUCCAAAUGCGCAAAACUGCUUGGCAAGACGGAGUUUUGGGCACGAAUUGCCCCAUUCCACCAAAUUGGAACUGGACUUACCAGUUUCAGGUCAAGGAUCAAAUUGGUAGCUUCUAUUAUUUCCCAUCACUGAAUAUGCAGAGAGCUUCUGGUGGAUUUGGCUCUAUUAUAGUUAACAACCGUUCAGUUAUUCCCUUGCCAUUUGAUCUUCCUGCUGAUGAUAUAAUCCUCAUGAUUGGUGACUGGUAUACUGGCGGCCACACGGCCCUUCGAACGACCCUCGACCAUGGACAAGCUUUGAAUCCUCCAGAUGGGAUUUUGAUCAAUGGAAAAGGACCUUAUAAUUACAACAACACGGCUCAGGAUGAGAAUGCAUACGAAACUAUUAAUGUGGAAAGGGGCAAGACUUACAGAUUUCGGGUCCACAAUGUCGGGGUCUCGACUUCUCUGAACUUCCGAAUUCAGAACCAUAGUAUGCUGCUGGUCGAAACCGAGGGCUAUUAUACAUUACAGCAGAAUUAUACGAACAUGGACAUUCACGUGGGCCAGUCUUUCUCCUUUCUCGUCACAAUGGACCAGAACUCGAGCAGUGCCUUCUAUAUCGUGGCUAGUUCCCGGUUCACAAACCAAUCACUUAAUGGUGUGGCUAUUUUGCGUUAUUCAAACUCGAGUACAUUGCCAGUGGGCCCACUCCCCGAUGGCCCUAAUGAUGAAUACGACAAAUCAUUUUCAAUGGGCCAGGCCAAGUCCAUCAAGCUAAACGGGAGUGCGAGUGGGGCCCGUCCGAAUGCUCAGGGCUCGUUUCAUUACGGUGAAAUAAACGUGACGGAUACGUAUAUUCUCCAAAGUGUGGGGCCAACUUUGAUCGAAGGAAAAUUGCGAGCAGCGUAUAACGGAAUAUCGUUUGCGAAACCCGAGACGCCCUUUAGGCUUGCCGAUUGGUAUAAAGUGAAAGGCGCUUACAAGCUCGAUUUUCCGGUUAUGCCCCUCAACAGGACAACACCUGUUUUGGACAGGUCGAUCAUCAAUGCUACUUAUAAGGGUUUUAUCGAGAUCGUUUUGCAGAACAAUGAUACAGUCUUGCAGACUUUUCACCUUGACGGUUAUUCCUUCUUUGUCGUUGGAAUGGAUUAUGGUGUUUGGACUGAGAACAACAGGGGUACGUACGAUAAGUGGAGUGCAAUAUCUCGCUCGACUGUUCAAGUGCUAUACAUUUUUGUUUGCUGCCAUUUGCCCCCAAAUAUAAUGUGUGAUAAUUUCUGA